CACAAAUUUAUUGCAGCUUCUUAUUUCCCGCCUUUUAAUCAUUUGCUAUUCUCAGCUCAACCUCCAUUUCAAACCCACACAAACUCUCUCUCUCUCUCUCUCUCUCUCUCUCUCUCUCUCUCUCUCUCUCUCUCUCUCUCUCUCUCAAGAACUGCAACGACGAGCUCAUCCAUGAUCACCGCCUGUUAGAGCCCCAUCGUGAAUCUUGGUUUCACCUCCCCAGCUGAAUUGCAAGGAUGGGGGUUGAGUUUGACUCACAACAGUUGCGAGAUGAACAAAUGAACCAUUACUGGAGUUUAGGAAGUAAUAAUCAUCCAUCGAGCCAGUCCAGAAAGAUAUCAAUUGGGAUUUUGGUAGAUUCAUUACAGAAUAGUGCUUCAAAGGAUGGAGAUAUUGCAAAGCCGAAUGCUGAAAGGGUUAAGUUUGGUUCUGAUGCAAGGAAGUCUGCAAAAGGAAAAAGCAGGAUCGAAGAAACUACAACUCCCCAGAAAACUAAACAGACUGAAGCAAUAGAGCCCCCAAAAUCCCCAUGGAUUAACACAAGAAACUUCUUCCCAAAAGCAACAACCAAUUCUGCGACUAUUCUUUGCUCAGAACGAAUAUCUAAUUCACCAGCCAGUAAAAAGUUCAAUGGGGUCACGUAUGAAAGGAAGGGAAGGAGGGACGGAUCCAGAGAGAGAGAGCCGGAGUUUACCUUUGCAACUAUGGCAGAUGUUUCAAAAUCAGAUAAAGAGGUGAUCGAGAACAAAGCGAAUGCAAAUGGAAAAACUGAAAAUCUACGACUGAAGCUCCAGGAGAUACUGGGAGCUGUUUCAACCCCUAAUGAGCAGUCUCCCAAGUCUCCAACUCCCGAUUUAGGUGUCAAUCGUAUAAAUCAAGAGCAAGCAUUAGAUGAAAUGGGUGAUCCAGUUGAUAACCAUGUACAGAGUCCUGAGAAAAGAGAACAGACAUUUGAUAAGAUAGGUGGUACACUGUCCAAGCCUGGACAGAGUCGUGAAAACAGAGAACAGACAUCUGAUAAGGCGGGUGAUACAUCCAAGUUUAGACAGAAUCGUGAAAAUAGAGCACAGACAUCUGAUAAGAUAUGUGAUACCGUAUCCAAGCCGAGAAAGAGUCGUGAAAGCAAAGAACAUGCAUAUGAUAAGAUAGGUGAUGCACUAUCCAAGCCUAGACAGAAUUCGGAUACAAUAGAAACUGAUUCUGACUCUGAUUAUAGGGUCAAGAGACCUGUGACUCGUUCUUCCACAAGGAAGAGGGCUCCAGCGAAGGCGCAAACUAGAACUAAAAAGAGUGGUCAGCUUUCUGGUUACAAACUGAAACAACAAGAAAAGAACAUUUCCUAUUGUGAAGAUAAAAUUCCCAGAAGAUUAAGUAAUGCUGGAGGUAGUUCCUCCAUGUUUGCACAAAAGAAAAGUGAUAAGAAGAGUUUCAGAGUUGAGCCCCGUACUUUAUUUCACGAAAAGAAUAUAGCAGAUAAAAUUCAAGAAGUAUCACAUAGGAGUGAAAGAUCACCACCUGCUUUAAAAACAUCUUCACUUGGUAAAUUCAGAGAUUACAAUGGUUAUGAACCUGAGAAAGAAGAAGACUAUCUUCGAGUGAAGAAGAAUAUCUCAAACAAUUCCCCUCUAAGAGAUAACAGAGACAAUGAGUAUGGGAAUUUCGAGAAUCCAGAUAACAGAGAUCAACACAAAGACAUUGGUACGCCCUCCAUGAAGCGCCAAGAAAACAGUGGUAGCCCAGCUGUAAGGAAUGUUGUUUACAAAGACAUUGGUACGCCCUCCAUGAAGCGCCAAGAAAACAGUGGUAGCCCAGCUGUAAGGAAUGUUGUAAACAACCUAAAAGAUGGGUUUCGAAGUCCAACAUUUGGAAUUAAUACACCUCUAUCAAGUUCUUCCCUCAGCUCAAUGCCCAAUUCAGAGAAAAUGGGAGAAGUUCGUAGCUUCAGGGUUUUGCAAAAUAAACUAUUUAACUGUUCUGACGAUGCACAGAUAGAACCUUCAGCUAGUGCAGAGAAGCUUAAGGGUUUUCCCACCAGAAGAGCAUCAACUAAAGCGGAAGAGAAGUAUGUAGAAACUCCUCUCUCCGACUCAUCAUCUGAUGAUGAUACACGCCCACCGAGUUCUGAAGAAGGUUCACCGAUUAAUGAUAAAUUUGACCGUUGCAGAGAAAGAAACUCAUUGCUUCCAGAAAAAAGUACAGCUAAAAGAAUGAAGUUCUUGUUUCGUUCAGCUGAAAAGCUUCGUAGCGUUGAAACUAAUGUUCAAUUAGAUGAUGUCAUUACUAGAUCACCCUCUAUUAAAGGGAGGGGAGAAACUAGUUGGACACCGGAACAACAGCACGACCAAGAGGACGGACUAGCUAGGGCUCUUGAAUUGUUUGCAUUGGAGUUACAAAAACUUAAAAGCAAAAUCAAAUCAGUAACUAGCAAGAAAUCAUCCGAAAUUCUGAUGUCUGUUGUAGAAGAUAUCCAUUUGCGUUUGCACAAUGUGGAGUCUCAGAUUCAAACGGAUAUGGGGAAGCUGAAAAGCGUUAGUACAUUAAAAAGAAAACGGAUGGAUACAAAAUUUGAAGAGCAACAAGAAAAAUUGCAAUUGAUUUAUGAAAGGUUCAAGGAACAGAUCAAUCAACAUCUGCAGGACUGCAAAAGCUCAUUUGAUGGGCUGGAAACAGAUCAUCUACAGUUGAAAGAAACCAUGGAGAAGCGAAAAAUAUCACAUCGAAAGCUUAUGUUGCAAGUAGAAGAGGCAAUCCAGACCCUAUUAAAUGAUGCUGAAAGGAAAAUCACGGCCACCCACGAGUUUGGGCGGGAAAAGAUGCUUCAGUUGAAACAGAUUGUAGCUUUGUGUUUGAAAGAGGGGAUCCUUUAGUAGGUGGGCAUAAAUAUCGUCUAUCUGUACAGAUAAGUGGUAACCAAGAAGAUGGGACAACGAAACUCUCUUCUUCAUCUCUUGUUUGUUUGUGAUUAUAGUGAAUGUAAAAAACUUGAUCGUUUGCUGGACAUGGCCCACAAAGUAAAAUUGGAAUCUUAUUGUUCUUUAUGGUGUGGAUAUGCACUUAUUUGUCUGGAACGAGGAGAGUUACAAUUGCAGGUCAGGCAAGCAGGCAGGCAGGCAGAUGGAUAAGAUUGUUUCAUUCCAUUAUAGGACUUGUUUGUUCAUCUCGACCUCAUAUUAAACAUUGGUAUAUUUAGUGCAUACGUAGUAGCUUAGUUAGAGUAAGAGGACCCUUUCUUUGAUUGUUGAGUCCAUACCUAUUACCUCACGAGUGUUGUGUUAUAGUGUUGGACUGUCAACAUAGGGAUGGAUGGCAUUGAUUGGUCCCCUACUUAUCCAAUCUUAGGUUGUGAAAUUGAAAGGAAAGAACACAUUCUCUAUAUCUAGCAGCUAAUAAUAAUAAUAAUAAUGAUGAUUUAUUUA